AUUCCCUUCUCUCUUAGUGGGACAAAAAUGUGCCUAUCUCUCACCUCAACCCAUGACCUUUUCUUGUCGCCGCUCAAGUCCUAUAAAUGCUAGACUAUGAUUUCUUUGCUUCCCAGUUCUACUUAGCCUCCUCGUCCAUUUUCUUCUACAACUGAUCUGGCUGCAUGCUUUUUAAUUAGAGCUUUAGUUUUGGUCUCUUUCUUCCAUUAUCUUACGCUUUAUCAAGAAACCUUGCCAUUAAGAUAUGGGGCUUGCAGUACUUGAAAACCAAGUUGGUAUUCUUUGUGUGAUUUGCAUGGUUCUGCUCUUGCCUACUCUAUGCACCUCUCAUGACAUUUUUACUUACUCAUCAAGAGCAAGCUACUAUGGUGGUCGUAACAGCCUUGGUGGGACUCCAAGAGGAGCUUGUGGGUUUGGAGAAUUCGGAAAGACUGUCAAUGAUGGCUUCGUGACUGGAGUCUCUAAGCUAUAUAGGAAUGGAACUGGUUGUGGUGCUUGCUAUAAGGUUAGAUGCACAUCAUCACAAUAUUGUAGUGAUGGAGGAGUGAACGUGGUGGUGACUGACUAUAGUGAAGGUGAUAAGACUGACUUCAUACUAAGCUCCCGAGCCUUCACAAGAUUGGCACACCCUGGUUCCAAAGGGGCCAAGGAGUUGUUUGGUCGUGGUGUGAUUGACGUAGAAUACCGAAGGGUCCCAUGCCGCUACCCUGGUUACAACGUUAUGUUCAAGGUCCAUGAGAAAAGCAAAUAUCCUAAUUAUCUAGCUAUAAUGGUUAUAUAUGCAGCUGGGAUAAACGACAUUACAGCCGUCCAAUUGUGUCAGAAGGAUUGCAAACAAUGGAGGAGCAUGCGUAAAGCCUUUGGGGCAGUGUGGGAGAUGUCUAAUCCAGUACCAAGUGGUUCAAUAAAAUUAAGGUUUCAAGUGCAUGGCAACAAAUGGGUGGAAUCCAAAAAAGAUUUGCCUGCUUUGUGGAAAGUUGGGGCUGCGUAUGACUCAAAUAUUCAGCUCUAAAUCAAUUAGAAAGCUCUUUCAAUUUUAAUAAUAUUUUGAUGUUUUUGUUAGAUAUAAGUAUGAUCAUUGCAUGGGUUACUAUGUAAUUGAUUAUUAGUUUCUAUCUACUUACUGGGGUAUUGUAUUUUAAUGUAUUGUAUACUUUGUCAGCAUAAGUGUUCUUGGUCAUGUUGUAAUAUAAAUAAUAGGCCAGGUUAAUGUUGUACUGUGGGGAUGAUGACAAGAGAUCAUGAGUAUGAAUAAAUUUCCGAUUAUAAGGAA